ACACACACACACAAGCACACACGGGCUCACACACAGAGAGAAAAUCCUCUUGCCUGUUGAUUUAUGGAAACAAUUAUGAUUCUGCUGGAGAAAUUCUCAGCUGAGAAAUAGUUUGUAGCUACAGUAGAGAGGCUCAAGUUGCACAAGGCAGACAACAGACAUGGAAUUCUUGUGUAUCCAGCUGUUAUAAACAGAACAAAAGCCAAAUAGCAAACAACGUCAUAGCCACUGAAUUUGCUACAACCUGUUUUUAUAAGGAUAUAUCAACAAAAUUACUUGCAGAGAAAUCCUAUAUUGUUUUCAGGAACUAAAAGGAUAAGUCUAACAUUUGGAAAGAGCAACUCCUCUUUGUUAAAUCUAACUCCAAUUCAGAUAGGAAGAGGUCAAUGACCUAGGAGUAACCAUCAACUCAAGAUUUAAUUUUCAUUAUGUUAUUCAUGAACACCUGGAGCACUACACUAUAAUGCACAAAUGGAUACUGACAUGGAUCCUGCCAACUUUGCUCUACAGAUCAUGCUUUCACAUUAUCUGUCUAGUGGGCACUAUAUCUUUAGCUUGCAAUGACAUGACUCCAGAGCAAAUGGCUGCAAAUGUGAACUGUUCCAGCCCAGAGCGACAUACAAGAAGUUAUGAUUACAUGGAAGGAGGGGAUAUAAGAGUGAGAAGACUUUUCUGUCGAACACAGUGGUAUCUGAGGAUUGAUAAACGAGGCAAAGUAAGAGGGACUCAAGAGAUGAAGAACAAUUACAAUAUCAUGGAAAUCAGGACUGUGGCAGUUGGAAUUGUGGCAAUCAAAGGGGUGGAAAGUGAAUACUAUCUUGCAAUGAGCAAAGAAGGAAAACUCUACGCAACGAAAGAAUGCAAUGAAGACUGUAACUUCAAAGAAUUAAUUCUGGAAAACCAUUACAAUACAUAUGCAUCAGCUAAAUGGACACACAGUGGAGGAGAAAUGUUUGUGGCCUUAAAUCAAAAGGGGGCUGCGGUAAAAGGGAAAAAGACAAAGAAAGAACAAAAAACAGCCCACUUUCUUCCUAUGGCAAUAACAUAAUCAUACACAGUAUGUAAGAAACCAGUUCCAGCAGGGAGUUUCUUCAAGUGGACUGUUUUCUUUCUUUUUUUCUCUCUAUUUUUUUGUUUCAGAAACCAAGAAAGGCUGGAAAACUACUGAAAAACUGAUCAAGCUGGACUUGCGGAUUUAUGUUUAUUUUAAGAGACUGCAUUAAAGAAAGAUUUGAAAAACUAUACACAAAAAUCAGAUUUAGUAACUAAAAGUUGUAAAAAAUUGUAAAACUGGUUGUACAAUCAUGGUGUUAGUAAUAGUAAUUUUUUCUUAAAUUAAUUUACCCUUAAAAGUGUGUUAGAUUUGAUUAUCUGAUAAUGAUUAUUUAAAUAGUCCUAUCUGCUUAUAAAAUGGCUGCUAUAAUAAUAAGAAUAAUGCAGAUGAUGUUAUAUAGAUAUUUCAGACCUAAAGGCUGCUGGAUUGACUGUCAGAUAAUCAAAUCAACAUUAAUUAUGAAAGAUGAGCAGUAUUUAAAAUUUGUUUUAGUUUAAAAAAAGGCCACUUAAACACUAAUCAGAGAAAAAAGAAUAUCUUCAAAAUUUCUGUUGUGGAAUUGAGUCAAAUAGUUUUAAAAAUCAUGAAAUUAGUACAUGAUUGUGCCUAUUAAUAAGAACAAAAUGCCUAAUGCUGCUCAAUUGAAAGCGGUUGCUAAAAGGAUGUUUUCAAAAAUCUUGUAUAUAGAAUAACAAUAAUGACAAUACUAUAUUUCAUCUCACUUGCCACAACAUAACAUUUUAUAACCUGUAAAAGUAAAAUUCAGAAAUCUUUUCUUCCUAAUAACAUAAUCUGUCUUUCACAUAACUCACAUUCUGGAAUAUGUUCUUCCCACAAAUAAUCAUGCUUUGUUUCUGUGGUUACAGCAUUAAACUCUAUUUUAAGUUGUAUUUGAACUUUAUUGUUUUGUUAUUUAAGUUUAUGUUAUUUAUAAAAAAAUCCUUAAUAAGCU